UUUCCUCAUGACUUAUUAAAAACUGCAUUAGAAUAAAAAGGUCAAAUUAAAUAUGCAAAUUUUUGGUAAUUAAACUAUAAUCAUGCACUGGAUACAUAAGAGAAAAUGUUUGCUGGAGUGUGUGCUAUUAAAACUGACUUAGUUUAAUAGGGAAGUGUUAUCUGUGCAUGGCAAAAUGAACUGGUUGUUUUUGAUCAUUAUGUCCUUCCAGAUCAUAGAAUGAGCAUAACUCAUUCUCCCUUGUCUUGUUUUUAUUCAGAGAUUGGAAAAGAGAAACAGCUCCUCCCCAUUUUAUGCUGCCUUCCCCAACCUUGAGUGAACUGAACUAAUUCAGCAUACCAUCUUUCAGAAUAACACCUUUCAUCCUGCCGUAUACCAUCAUUACACCUUCCUGCUUCUCUUCCCAGUACUCUUUCAACCAAGUGACACAGACCUACUAGCUGCUCCAGCAUUUAAUGAGAAAUGUGAUGAUGCAGAGGGAAGGAGGAGGAAUGAGCCGAUGUGAGUUGGGAACACCCUUUGUUUCUCUGAGACAUCUACAAGGUACUUCCUUUCUGACUUUCAGUAGCAGAGAGAAACUAAAGACCUUGAAGAAAGACGCCUGUGGCCCCUUGCUCGACAGUAACAAUGCUGCAGCGAUGAGAUUAUAGCGAGCCCUUCCUGUGUGGCCUCCAUGGGUCCCAUUCAACUCAGCACACAGGAUCAUGGGAAGAGGGUGGCAAGUGUAUUUGAGAUGGAGGAGGAAGGGCUUUCGCUCUUCCCUGGCUCAGAGAACCCCCCUGAGCAUGCAGAAAAUCCCCCCCUGAAGCGGAAGAAGGGCCCAGCCCCUAAGAUGCUGGGAAAUGAAGUGUGCAGCGUGUGUGGGGACAAGGCCUCCGGCUUCCACUACAACGUGCUGAGCUGUGAAGGCUGCAAGGGCUUCUUCCGCCGCAGCGUCAUCAAGGGUGCACAGUACACCUGCAAGAAUGGUGGCAAGUGUGAAAUGGACAUGUACAUGCGUCGCAAGUGUCAGGAGUGUCGUCUGCGCAAGUGCCAGGAGGCAGGCAUGCGGGAGCAGUAUGUUCUGUCUGAAGAACAGAUCCGACUGAAGAAACUGAAAAAGCAGGAAGAUGAUCAGGCGCGGACAGUCGUGGUGCGUCCAAACCCUCCGAAUUCACCAAGCCCUUCCCACAAACUGACGCCUGAACAGUUGAGCAUGAUAAAAAAGCUUGUGGCCGCUCAGCAGCAGUGCAACCAGCGCUCAUUCACAGACAGGCUCAAAGUGACGCCGUGGCCCCAAGUUCCUGACCCUAAUAACCGUGAAGCAAGGCAGCAGCGUUUUGCUCACUUUACAGAACUUGCAAUUAUCUCUGUGCAAGAGAUUGUGGACUUUGCCAAGCAACUACCUGGCUUCCUGGAGCUCACCAGGGAAGAUCAGAUUGCUUUAUUGAAGACAUCUACCAUAGAGGUGAUGUUGUUGGAGACAUCUCGGCGCUACAAUCCAGAGAUUGAGAGCAUCACCUUUCUUAAGGACCUGAGCUAUAAUCGGGAUGAUUUCGCCAAAGCAGGUCUGCAGUUUGAGUUCAUUAACCCCAUCUUUGAGUUCUCAAAGGGAAUGAAUGAGCUACAGCUGAACGAUGCUGAAUAUGCACUUUUAAUCGCCAUCAACAUUUUCUCUGCAGACCGACCGAAUGUGCAGGACCAGUCCCUGGUGGAGAGGCUGCAGCACACCUAUGUGGAAGCCCUUCAUUCUUACAUUUGCAUCAACAGACCAAAUGACCGCCUGAUGUUUCCACGGAUGCUAAUGAAGCUGGUCAGUCUUCGGACACUAAGUAGUGUCCACUCCGAACAGGUGUUUGCCCUUCGGCUGCAGGACAAGAAACUCCCUCCCCUGCUUUCAGAAAUCUGGGAUGUGCAUGAGUGACUGCAUGUUCCCAGGGCGCUGAUGUGCUGACAUAAUGCCAUCUCCCAGCCUUUGCUAAUGAGAAGCCAGCCUCCCCUCUCCAAAGCACUGAACUCUGGGCUAGACAGUGCAGGGAGUAAUGAGCCUGGGGUUUCAGUGUUGUCAUGAGACUAUGCAGGAGGCAGCUGGGGUAGACCAGAUGGGAGGGCUGGUUUCGUUGUAGUGCCCAUACCCAAAAGGAAUAACGUGAAACAUCUGAAAACGGUAGAAAUGAAGACCUUCCCCACACACAUAAACCUCUUUCUUCAGUCUUUCUCUUCUCUAAGCAUGUCCUGAGGGUUUGCCCAUUGAUCAUCUUCUCUCUUGUCAGUUACGAAAAUGAAUUUGCAGGAACUUGCCAAACCCUCUCUAUUGAGAGUAACAUAGCUCAAAAGGCUUCUGCAGGGUCCCCAGUGUACCUGGAUCUGAGGAGCUCAGGGAAGUCAAUGUGGAUGUUCUAGGGGUUUCACUGGGCUUCCUAUAAAUACAAUCCCUUGUUUGUGCUGCCCUUUACAACAAUUCCAAGAGAAGUAGCUGUUAUUUCUUUACUAUGAGACUUAAUCUCUAGAGCAGCCCUUUCACUCUGUCCCUCCUUCGGAAAAAGGAUUCCUCUAAUAUGUAGUGCCCUUUGUCUAACAGGGAGACUCCCUGGGUAGGGAACACUUGUGCAUCAGAAAGACAUCAGGCAUAAAGUAGUGGAUUUUUUUGUAAUGUAGUACAUUGCAGUUUUAUCUCACGCUGGUUCUUAGCCAGUUCACUUUACCUUUGAUUUGCUAACAACUGAUAAUUUUAGUUCAAAACAAAUCAGGGCAUAGAUUUUAUCUUUAGGGGUGGAAUAGAAGAAAGAUAGGUGGGAAGGACAGGUACCUAGGCAAGGUAGGUGUGGUGGAAGGAUCUCAAAAAAAGAAAAAUUCCAAGAAUUUGGAGCAUGUGGUAUGUGUUCCAAGGUGGAUGUGAAGAUGUAUCAGCUGAGGAAAGAGGACACUCUGCAUCUAGUGAAAUACGUGGGCAUUGCGUAAGCUAUGGGCUGCACAACUCUUAGAUCAUGGGCUGCAGGAAUAUUGGGAAUAACCAGGUCCACUUGCAUCUUCUUCCUUUUGCCAGUUUUUCCAAGGUACUUCCUCAAGGUUUUAGUGAUGGUAAUGGAAUAUGGAGGCCCCUCCUGUAAGAGGACCCCCAACGGCUUUAGAAGGACACUUGGAUCUUGUAACCUUUCUUUGCCUUGGGCACUGAGAGAUCCACACUGGAUUUAUGCCCCAAGUUCUUAAGUAUCCACAUCCAUAAUUAUUCUAGGAUUUACAGCAAUAUCUCAUGUGAUGGAAGAGAAAUAUACUGUUAUAAAACAUGUUCCUUAUUUUCCAAGAAACAACAUCUUACGGCUGAUCUCAGAGAUGUAACCUUAAGCAUCCUGGUAGCUUGGUCUCAUGAGUCUUCUCUGUCAUAGGGGUCUAGCUUUGCUUGCCCGGUGAGCAUCCCAAGAGCCUAGGUUCACAUGGCUCUUUUUUGUUUUGUUUUUUUUUUGUGUUUUUUUUUUUUUGGCUGUGUAUCUGAGCGCUAUGCCCGUGGUGAGGGUAUCGUGUCCAUUUUGCACUUGAGGUUGGUCCCCUGCCACUGGCCUUCACUCUGCACCUUUGUAAAGCACUUGUAACAAUCUGUAAAAUAAUCUGUUGUUUUUUAUAACUCAUGGCAAUUGCAAAAAUUCUUGUUUAAAUCUGUAUUUUUAACUAAUCUGUUUGAGAAAUGUUAAUGUUUAUAUAAAAGAAUAAAGCCUAAUACAGGA